AUGUCUAAUAAAAAUGAAAAUAACAUGGACAAUACUCCCAAAACCUACGGCCCAAAGGCUACGGUGGCACAAAUUUUCGCUACAACGGCGCAGAACUUUCUAUUAAUUGAAUUGGGCAUGGAAAUAGGAAUGCCCACAAUUGUUAUUCAACAUUUAUAUCGAAAUUCGGACAGUGAAUUCUCAUUAACAUUAACUAUUUGA